AUGUUCACAGAAGUAAAAGUGAAAAUGUUGACGAAUGAAAAUGACCAAGUGAGAGAUAUAGAAAUGAAUAAUAGUGAAUUGAAUGGUAAAUUAGAUGAUCCUGGUUAUUGGCCUUCUAUUAUUUCUAAUGAUAUUAUAGCAACUAUUGUAACUUUAGGACCAAUUCAAAUUAAUAAUUACGAUUUUCCCCAAAAUGAUGAAAAACCAGCAAGAAGGUUCACUGAAAAAUACUAUUAUCGACUAAUGCCAAAUGGAGAAAAUGUAAAUCGUCCGUGGCUUAUUUACUCUAAAAGACACAAUUGUGUGUAUUGUUUUUGCUGUAAGCUUUUUAACCAUUAUGUUAAAAAUUGUAAUUUUAUUUCUAAUGGCAUUCAAGAUUGGAAAAAUUUGUCAACAAGUCUAAAGCAUCAUGAAAAUUCUAUGAUUCAUUAUGAAGCCCUUAAAAAAUGGAAUGACCUAAAAUAUCGUUUAAAAACUAAUCAAGUUAUAGAUAAAGCGUAUUUAGCUUUAAUUGAAAAAGAAAAGUUACAUUGGAGAAGUGUUCUUAAAAGAAUUUUAGCAGCUAUACAUUUUUUGGCGCAACAUAAUGAUUCUUUUCGAGGAUCAUCUGAUAAAUUGUAUACAGAAAAAAAUGGGAAAUUUUUAGGAUUAAUUGAAAUGAUGGAGAAAUUCGAUCCAAUCAUUUCUGAACAUGUUCGUAGAAUAAAAUGUAAAGAGACUUUUGACCACUAUCUUGGACCUGAAAUACAAAAUGAAUUGAAUGCAAAAUAUUAUUCCGUGUUGAUAGAUUGUACGCCAGAUAUAAGUCACAAAGAACAAGUAUCCAUUAUGUUGAGAAUUGUAAAUUUACAUACAGAAAAUCAGUCUAUUGAACCAUGCGUAGAAGAAUAUUUUUUAGAGUUUAUACACUGUACAUCAACCACUGGGCUAAAUUUGUCAAAUAUUCUUAUUUCAAAACUAGCUGAGUACAAAAUUGAGUUAAGAGAUUGCCGAGGUCAAGGAUAUGACAAUGGGGCAAAUAUGAAAGGUGAAUAUCAAGGCGUUCAAUCACGUAUAAAACAAAAGAAUCCAAGAGCAUUUUUUACACCUUGUGCAACUCAUAAUUUGAAUUUAUUACUUGGUGAUAUAGCUAAGAGUUCUGUAAAAGCUAUCAAAGUAAUUGAAGCAUUAGAAGAAGUUUCGGAAACAACAAAUGACCCAAAAACUAAAUAUGAAGCACAUUCCCUUGUUGUAAACGAACUCGAAAAACACAAAUUAGCAGUAUCUGAAGAAUAUAAUUCAUUGAUUGAUGAAUUUGCUAGUAAAAAAAGUAGAAUAAAACGUUUUAAUUAA